GAGAGAGAGAGAGAGAGAGAGAGAGCGAGAGAGAGUACACAGCGUUCUAUUUCUUAUAGACUAACAGCUGCUGAGUUAGCGAGCAGAGAGAUACUGAGUGAGCGAGCAGAGAGAGAUAGAGAAGAGAGAGACAGAGAGACAGAGAGAGAGUGGCUGUGUGGCGUGAGGAGGCUGUGUUUAGGAGAAGCCCACUGGCUCACAAGGAUAAAGGAAGAGAGAAAAAAACACAAACGCUUUUAUUUUUUCUCUUCUUUACCUAGAAGGUUCUUUGUCCUUCUCUCAUUUUGUUUCAUCCUCCUUUCACCUCGGUCCGGCGGAAGGGCGAACAGCACAACCGGAGUCGCGCUCCAGCACGUUCAGCCGGUGGUGGAAGCUGAUGCUGUAGUGUGGGUGUUGAGCUGAGAGGCCCUGGUUGAUGCAGUGAAGAGCUCUAUCAGGACAAACGAGAAGCGAAGGAGAUUCAUGGGUAACCUCCUGAAAGUGCUGGCUUGCUCCGAACUUGAGCAUGGCCCAAUAGUUUUCCUUGACUUUGAACAUGCCCAGCCUACAGAGGCAGAGACGGCGGUGUGGAACCAGGUCAGUGCUGUGCUGGAGGAGGCCCACUGCAUCCUGGCCGAACUACAGUCUUACAACGGGGCGGGACAGGAGAUACGAGAGGCCAUCCAGAACCCAGGUGAUCUGCAGCUACAGGAGAAGGCCUGGAAUGCAGUUUGCCCCCUGGUAGCCAAGCUCAAACGCUUCUACGAGUUCUCCCUCCGACUGGAAAAUGCCCUGCGUAGCCUGUUGGAGGCGCUGACGAGUCCUCCCUACGCUCCCAUGCAGCACCUGGAGAGAGAGCAGGCCCUGGCCAAACAGUUCGCUGAGAUACUCCACUUUACCCUCAGCUUCGACGAACUAAAAAUGACAAACCCAGCCAUUCAGAAUGACUUCAGCUACUACAGGAGGACCAUCAGUAGGAACAGGCUGAACAACCAGCAGUUGGAGGCGGAGAACGAGGUGAACAAUGAGAUGGCCAAUCGGAUGUCUUUGUUCUACGCCGAGGCCACACCCAUGCUGAAGACCCUGAGUAACGCCACCACCAAGUUUGUGUCAGAGAAUAAGACCUUACCCAUUGAAGACACCACAGACUGCCUGAGCACCAUGGCCUGUGUGUGUCGCGUCAUGCUGGAGACCCCUGAGUACCGUUGUAGGUUCACCAACACAGACACCAUGUUGUUCUGUAUGCGGGUGAUGGUGGGAGUAAUCAUCCUGUAUGACCACGUCCACCCUGUAGGAGCCUUCGCCAAGACCUCCAAAAUAGAUAUGAAGGGCUGCAUCAAGGUGCUGAAAGAGCAGCCGUCCAACAGCGUGGAGGGACUACUGAACGCACUGAGGUAUACGACCCGACAUCUAAACGACGACAGCACCUCUAAACAAAUCAGGGCUCUUCUCCAAUGAGAGUGGGAGGAGCAGAGAGAGAGAGAGAGAGGGAAGGAAGGAGAGAGAGCGCACAUGGAGGGAGAUGAAGAAGAACAAGUGACUGUGGUGGCUGAAUCCCGUUUGUUUACAAGAAUGCAAAGCAAAAUGAUCAGGUCUGAUGAUGUGAGGAAAAUAACAAGUCUGUCUCAUUUUGUAAAAAAUAAAAAUGAAGGAAGAGAAUCUAUAGAGAUAUAUAUGAAAGAGAAAACUAGCGGAAACACAAUAAAACGAAACAAGUGCUACCAGAUGGAAAUAUGACUAAAGAAGAAGAUCAAGGAGGAAAAAGCUAAAUUAGAAAAAAUCUACGGUCAGGAAACAAAACUGGAACAAAAACUGAAAAAUAAACACAAAAAGUUCUGUGCAACAACGUUAGUCUGAAAAAUAUUUUUUGCACUUGCGUAGAAUAUAAACGGCGCUAUCUGUCAGUCUCCAAGUACUUCAGCGCUUUCACAUCAAUGCAGAUUAAGGAAAAGGGGAUAAAGGAGACAUGGAGGGGAACAUAUUUUAGUGUAUUGACAUGCGCCCAGACACUCCAUUUAGAUUCUAACGCUGUUUCCUCAUCAUACACCCCCCACCCCACCCACUUGCAUCGUAACCAUGGGAACUGUGGGUGUUCUUGGCACUAGUAUGCAAUGCUAUGCCGUAAAUGGAGUUUUUGAAGAAUUAUGGUGAUUCAGACCUCUUUAUGGUGCUAAAAUAUUUAAAUUAUCCACGUAAAAGCGUACACAACGUUUCAUACACCUAGUGCCAAAGCUAUUGAAUCAUCAGCAGGUGAGGAUUGGGUUAAGGAGAUACUGACUGCUAGCCUUGUAACACCACUUGAUAUCUAUCUUUAGGGGUUUAAGGAGACACUGACUGCUAGCCUCGUUACACCACUUGACAUCUAUCUUUAGGGGGUCCGAAAGGAUCCAGGACAUCAAAGUCUAUUGCUCCAAUCCCAACACAGCCAACCAGCCAUCAGUAAGACAUUCUGUACAUUGUGAAAGAAAAGACUAUCAUCUUCAGUGUGCCAUCUUGGAUGUUUUGGGCAGGGGCGCAACUUUCACAGGGCACAUUCUAAAAUGUCAUUUUUGUUCCCCCCAGUUUUAUCAUUGGAAUGUGAUACAAAACAAGGCUACGUGUGCUUUAGGACCAUGCGGACGCCUCCA